AAAGAAAGAAACCAACACAUCCCGGAAAUCGGCUUUCCUUGCUCUGGGUCUGGGCUGGCCCCUUUUCCCCAUAACUGCCUUAAUUGCAAUUCUAAAAGGCAACAAGAUUCUUACUUCUUCACUGAUCCAAUGAAAGCACAAUCAAUAGUAGGAACUGUCAUCGUUUUUUAGAAGCGAAAUUCGAACGCUUUUGCGGGAUUUUCAAUGUAGAACCCAUUGCCCGCGACGAUCAUCAAUCUUCUACUACUACUCCUUUUUUCCUCAAUUUUUUUUGGGUAUAUGAUGCUUUGUUCUGCAUUUAGAACUCAGAUACAGACGUGGCUUCGUGAUUAUGACAGGAUUCAAUCCUUUGCUGUUAUUCUCAUCUAUGUUCAGAUUGGUUGUGCGAUGAUUGGAUCUCUUGGGGCAUUAUACAACGGCGUUUCACUAAUCAAUUUAGGGAUUGGGUUAUUCGCAUUGGUGGCUAUUGAGAGUAGCAGUCAGAGUCUUGGUAGAACUUACGCUCUCCUUCUCUUCUGUGCCAUCUUACUCGACGUUUGUUGGUUCUUUCUUUUCGCAUCCGAAAUCUGGAAUAUUUCGUCUACAAUUUAUGGAACCUUUGUUAUCUUCUCGGUGAAACUCACUCUCUCCAUGCAAAUUAUUGGAUUUUGUGUGAGAUUAUCAUCUUCACUAUUGUGGAUUCAAAUGUAUAGGCUGGGUGUUUCUUAUAUAGAGAGUUCAGUUCCCCGAGAAGCAGAUGUUGAUAUGAGAAACAGUUUUCUCAAUCCUGCAACUCCCUUAACUAGACAGCCAUCCAAUUCUGAUGAUGCUCUAGGUGGUUCUGUAUAUGAUCCUGCAUAUUAUUCCUCCUUGUUCGAAGACGGUAAAGACGAAACAUAUUUUUGCAGGGGUAGUCCAAAUAAUGGCAUUGUGAUUGGAUCACCUUCUACGGCGAAAACAAUUCAAUUUAAGCCAUCAAUGAGCAGAUCUAUCCGCAUCACCGACGAUGAGAAUGCUGCAAGAAGUCCCUAUCAUGUCUGAAAUUGGUUGUUUUUCGAUGAGCAUUUGGGAAACGUCCAUUCUCCAUUUUUUAUCUGGAGAUUUAGUUUAUUCACUUGAUCCGGCAGGUUUGUGUAUGGUAGUGAGUUCUGUACAGUCACCAAAUGGUAGUAUUCUUUUCCAGGAUAAAUACAAAUGAUAAACCUUGUCUUUUUGUUGUCAUGUAAAGAUAAUCAUGUAAGUUCCCAUAUUUUGGCAAUGCAAUUUUACACCUUUCAAGUAAAAGCGUCUUGAAGAUGUCUCAGUAUGAGGUUCAUCAAGUGAAGAUAGGUUUUGAAUUCAAUUGCACUGGUAACCGACUUCUAUUUCUUCCCUUGUAUCUUCCUCACAUUCGUAUUGGACUUGAUUUGAUGUGGCUCGAUAUGUUACUGGUCCUCGUUUAGCUUAUUAUCUAUGGAAGCAAAACUGCGCCGUGACUGGAGAUGCAUUUUUAAUGCUUGUGAGGUGAUGUCGGGGAAGUCUUGCAGUAACUGGAGGGUACUUAACAAGAGCUGGUGCAAUUUGCAUCUUUCAUCUAUUCUUUGGCAGGUAUUGUCAUUGCAGUUCAUGCUUCAGGAGUGUCUUGAUACUUGCACUUUGUGCUAGUUGAAUACUUUUGCCCUAGCCCUUGUCUUUCACUAUAUGGAAAAGAAUUUAAACUAUAUAUGCUAACUCUUUUUUCUUUUUAUACUAUUAGUUAAUGUUAACUUCU